AUGGCAGAAGUAGAGGAUGAAGAAAUCCGCCGAGCAGCUUUAGAAGGUAGACCAACUUCUGUUGUAAGAAUGUCUAAGCUUGAAACUCGUGAUAAACGUCAAUACAAUCUUCUUUCCCAUGAGGAGGUUGCUAUUGUGUUUGUGGGAAAUUAUGGUGCUCCACCUGCAUCCAGGGGUAUUGUUGUAUACCCUCGAGGUCAGCCUUUAAAAACAAUUUCGUCUAUGUCUGCAAAUUUAGAUCCUAUGGUAUAUCCAAUAUUUUUCCCAAGAGGUGAUGUUGGAUGGCACAAUCAACUGGAGCACAACCCUGACCGUGCAACCCGUGUUAGAAACCAUGUUACUUUGUCUCAAUAUUAUAAUUAUAGGCUUACUGUUAGACAAACUUUUAGUCCUAUAUUCUAUGUUAAGAAACCUUUUCAGCAAUAUGUUGUUGAUGCAUAUGUGAAAGUUAAGGAACAGCGCUUUGCUUUUAUUAGAAAUAACCAAAAAAAACUUAGAAGUAAACAAUAUGAUGCAUUGCAUGAACAUGUAAUUAAUCGUGCUAAUGAUCUUAAUGUAAGACCAGGCCGCGUUGUUAUAUUACCUUCUUCAUGUGUUGGUAGUCAAUGA